AUGCUUCACCUCGUAAAUCAACGGUAUGAUAUUGUGACUCCAGAUAGAUCUGUUCCUUCAAGCCCGACACUGUCACCAGCUGUUGUAACUCAUACAGUUGCCACCAGCGGUAAAUCUGAAAGGAAUUCCUGGGACCCUUCAGCUGUCGAUUUAUCAGAAUUAUCAAAACUAUUACUCAGUACCAACAGAAAAAAUACCAAAGCUCGACCUCGUUCACAAUUAUUCCAAGCCUCUAAACCACCCUCACCGACACUCUCUACGUCAUCUGCAGAACCUACCUUUUACGUAAACUCCAGCGCAGUUGCGCCUAUUUUAUCACAUCAUCAUCUUCAGCAGAAACAACAACAGCAACGUCCAAACUUACAUCAUCGACCUGCAAGCUGUAACACUCCAUCCCAAUUUAUAUUCAGAAAGCCUGAAUAUGAUGAACGAUAUCAUCAAACCCAUUUUCAUAGAAGUAGUCAGAAGCAACACGAUAAAAACGAUCUAUUUUUGGCAUGGUCUGAUUUACGUCGAUUCUUCGUAAACUCGCAGAAUUCUGGACCUGUGUCACCUACAUCACCGACUCAGUCGCAUCAUUCACAAGAGGACCUUUUCAAUACUGCUACUAAGUUUGAUACAACAUUUGCUAAUCAAUUUCGUAGAGGCAUUGGUGGAAGAUAUGGAACCUGGGGCAAAUAUAUUGGUAAAGGAGCAGGUGGUUCGGUAAGAUUAAUUAGAAGAGCUUCAGAUCAGAAAACAUUUGCAGUAAAGCAAUUUCGAAAGCGAUUACCAACAGAAAGCGAAAAAGAUUAUGUAAAAAAAGUGACAGCAGAAUUCUGCAUAGGAUCAACCCUACAUCAUCCAAAUAUUAUUGAAACACUGGAUAUUAUACAAGAAGGGUCAGUUUUUUACGAAAUAAUGGAAUAUGCACCCAAUGACUUAUUUAAUGUUGUGAUGAGCGGCAUGAUGUCGAGAGAAGAAAUUGCCUGUUGUUGGCGCCAGUUACUAAAUGGGGUACAAUAUUUACAGUCAAUGGGGAUUGCACACCGAGAUCUCAAAUUAGAUAAUCUUGUCUUGGAUCAUCACGGUAUUUUAAAGAUCAUUGAUUUUGGCUGCUCCACCGUUUAUAAAUACCCUUUUGAGGAUACAAUCAAUUUCACAAAAGGUAUUUAUGGUUCAGACCCUUACAUUGCACCUGAACAGUACACACAAACAACCUAUGAUCCUCGAUUAGCAGACAUUUGGUCUUGUGCAGUAGUAUUUAUCUGUAUGACCAUUCGUCGAUUUCCUUGGAGGAUACCACGCUUAACAGAUUCAUCUUUUCGCGCUUUUGCUACAAACCAGAAUCAACAACAAUUCCGCCUCCUCAAACUAUUACCACGUGAAGCAAGGCCCGUGAUGGCAAGAAUAUUAGUUAUAGAUCCUAACCGACGCCCUGAUAUCUCAAACAUAUUGGAAGACAAUUGGGUUCAACAAAUCGAUGUUUGCCAAGUUCAUGAUCCCGGUAAAAAUCAUGUCCAUCACGUAUUAACACCCCCUUCACCAACGGAUUCACGAGAUAAUCUUGUUGUCAUUACAACUGAACCGCCGGGAGUAGUUGCAGAGAAGGAAAAGAAGAAACGGCCCAGUAGUAGACCGGCGUCACCUAUACCACCCAAGAUCGAUGUUAUUGCUGUGGGAAAGAAGCCUUCAUCUUAA